ACACUGAAUUUGUGAUUUUGGUUAGCCGCUGUAAACUUGCAAAUCAUUUCGUUCGUUUUUUUUACUUGGCAAGUUAAUUGGUAAAUUUAAAGAACAAACAUGAGCAGUCUUGGCUUUGAGCAGUUCCCAGACUACCAGGUGCCCGGCGUGAAGCAUGUCGACUUCUCGCCCUAUGAGUCGAACGGCGGCUCCAUUGUGGCCAUCGCCGGAGACGACUUCGCGGUGAUUGCGGCAGACACACGGUUGAGCAGCGGCUACAACAUCCACUCCCGGAGUCAAAGCAAGCUCUUCAAGCUGUCGCCUCUGACGGUCCUGGGCUCCACGGGAUGCUGGGCGGAUACCCUUUCCCUGACCGGACUGAUGAAGGUGCGCAUGCAGAGCUACGAGCACACCCAUCUGCGCACCAUGACCACGGAUGCAGUGGCCCAGAUGCUAUCCAUCACCAUGUACAAUCGCCGCUUCUUCCCGUACUACGUGUCCAACAUCCUGGCGGGAAUCGACAAGGACGGCAAGGGCGUCGUCUACUCGUACGAUCCCAUUGGCCACUGCGAAAAGGCCACCUACCGCGCCGGCGGCACUGCCGGUACAUUGUUGCAGCCGGUACUGGACAACCAGAUUGGCUACAAGAACAUGAACUUGGCCGCCAGCGAGGUGCCCAAGCUGACCAAGGAGCGCGCCGUCAGUGUCGCCUCCGAUACCUUCAUUUCGGCCGCUGAGCGUGACAUCUACACCGGUGACUCCGUGCUGAUCAACAUUAUCACCAAGGAUGGCAUCGAAGUCAAGGAGCUGACGCUGCGCCAGGACUAGGCUAGGUCGCGGAUGGGCGUCUCAUUUGGUCAGGGGCAUUGAAUGGAAAUCAGGCAUUCUAAGUUGGCUUCAAAUUUUUGUAAUUACCCGAAAUAACACACAUCGUAAUAAACUGAAUCUUUAAGAUUUCAAA